AUGCGACGUGCCACGUUCGAGUACAUUGUUGGGGAGCUUCGCGAAGAUCUCGUCCGCGAGACGACCCACAUGCGCGACCCAGUCCCUCCCGAGGAGAUGAUCGCCAUCACCAUCUGGAAGCUUGCCACGGGAACCACAAACUCCGCGACACUGCCCGCAUUUGGCCGUGGCGUCUCUACCGUCUGCGGGAUAUUCGACGAGGUCUGCGAGCUCAUCGCUGCAAAGCUGACCGAGAAGUGGAUCUGCAUCGAUUACCUCGAGGACAUUAUCUCCGGGUUCGAGGAGAGGGGAUUCCCCAAUGCCUGGGGCGCCGUGGACGGGACACACAUCGAGAUCCGUUCUCCGCCUUUCUCUGGGGACAAGUACAUCAACCGCAAGGGAUACUGCUCCAUGAUUCUCCAGGCGGUGGUGGACAGCGAUGCACGAUUCCUGGACAUUUUUGUGGGCUUCCCGGGAAGGGCGCACGACGCGCGUGUGCUCCGUAACUCGCCCCUUUUCAAGAGACUCGAGGAUGGCGCCCGUCGCCCGAAGCGGCCGGUCACUCUGGAGGGGGUCACAUUCGACCCGGUAAUCAUCGGGGACCCCGCCUAUCCUCUUCGGCCCUGGCUCAUGAAGCCCUAUCCGGCGCCAUCAACGCGCGCCCAGGAGCGCUUUAACUACAGACUGAGCCGGGCGCGCAUGAGUGUGGAACGCUCGUUCGGAAUUCUGAAAAAUCGCUGGCUUUAUUUACAGCGGCCCCUACUUGUCAGCGAGCGCCUCAUGGUCGCGGUAAUCACCACCUGCUGCAUCCUUCACAACAUUUGCCUCUCGCGCGGGGACAUCGUUUACGGGCCGUUCCCGCGCGAGCCGCUGAUGGAGCCCGCGGAUGAGCGGCCGCAGAUUCCCUGGUCCGAGGCCGCUCUUACCGCGCGGGCAGUAUCGAUUCGUGCCGCCAUAAGUGCGCACUUCCAGCAUGGCCGAUAA